AGCAAAGUAUAUAUAAAUGAGGCCAGAAUUGCCAAGGCAAAGCACUCGCUCUUCAAGAAUGGACCCAAAUCGUCUCGUCUCAGCGUCACUGCUGAUUUUCACUUUAGCGCUGCUCUCACAUCCUGUUCAGUGUCUGAGCAGAUCAACAUUGAGUGAUGAAGCAUCUCCACUUCGUUUUGAGGUUACUGAGGCGCCAGAUCAGAGUGAAGAACUGGAACUUGAAAUUUUACCCGAUUUCGGCGAAAUAGUUCAAGCCUACAACGAAAAAGAAAAGAGCAGUAAAAAUGAAACUGGUAAGACGGAGGACAAUAGCUGGCGCAUCGAUAAGAGUUUUGCUGAACGACUGGAGCACAUGAGGAACAUAUCGAAAUUGACUGAUUGCUUGUUCAUCGUGGGCGAUGGUGGGAACACCACGAAAUUCGAAGCCCACAAGUUGGUUUUGAUGGCAGCUAGUCCGGUUUUUGAGGCUGUGUUUGAAAACAGCACGAGCGUGCGAGUACGAGGCUGGACGUCUGAAGAAUUUUCGGCUUUGCUCAAUUUCAUUUACUCCGGUGAUCUCUGCAUUGAAAAUUUCGAAGUGGCCUGCACCUUGCUGUACCACGCAAAUAGUCUUCAACUAAACGGCGUGACUGACACGGCAAGAGGAUUUAUCUUCAAUCACAUGUACCCGGAUCACCUUUGGAAGGCGUAUCACUGCGCAAAAAAUGCAGCUGAUCAGGACCUUUUGGAGGCUGCGAAAGAGCUUAUUAGUGAGCACACGUCGCAAACAUUCAAAGACCGCGCCUUCAACGACCUCUCGCAAGACGAUUUAGCCAGCUUGUUGGCCCGAGAUGAUCUUAAUGUGAAAUCCGAGGUUGAAGUGUUCGAGGCAGUCACCCGCUGGGGUCUAAUGAGGGUGCUGAAAGAGGGCAAAACACCGUCCCCGGAGCUGAUCCGCGAGAAAAUCGGUCCCGCUGUCCUCAAGCAGAUCCGAUUCUUGACCAUGACCGGGAUCGAGUUCUCCAGAGUGCACACCAGCGCCCAGCUGCUCACCUACGAAGAAGGCCUCGCCAUUUUACUCAACAUCAACAACCCUGGCGUACUGGAAAUGCCUAAAUCUCUAUCUUCUCUCACUCAAGGCAGGAAAAUUCGCGCCACAACGAGAACCUUCAAAACCUUUGGUGUUAAUACCAAUACUUGUAAGAGUAAUUCGCUCAACACAACAGACAUAUUUGACCUCUACACGACCACUGUUAUACCAAAUGAACAUGAAGGGUGGAAUUUAGCUGGCAUUCAAAUUCCAAAGAGUUUAGAGGCAAGAAAAGAUUGUACAGUCGUCGAACGAUUUGACGUUCUUAUUUUAAACGGGAAAAAUGAGGCAGUUGAAAAGUUUUCCUAUGAUGACGUUACGUCAUGCGAUUUGGUUCAGGGGUUCAAAGCAGAUUCAGCACAGAGUUACAAUAUGCAAAUAUAUCACGACUCGACCGACUUAAUGAACGUUAUUUUCAGCCCUACAGUCAAAAUCCCACCCGUUUCUGGAUCGAAUAAAUUCAAAAUCAAAGUGGUGCAUAAAGGUAAAAACACUUAUCCUUUAUACGUUGAUGCGGGGAACGCAAUGAAAGAAGAGAAAAGAGCUGCUGGUGCGGCAGAAUACUUGAUGUAUCCAUAUGACUUUACGUUCCAUUCUUACAAUUACGGCAGCAGAUACCGAUUGCUGUACAAUCCGAAUUUUGUGUAUGCCAUAGUGACUGUCUAAGAAGCAUUAAUGUUUAAAAAAAUUGAAAUAAAAAUAAAUAAAUUUGCACCAGA